UAUGUAUAUUUUUGAAAUAAAAGUUUUCUCUAGAACGUUGAUCUUUUAGAAAUGGAGGAGGGAGUAAUAUUUAACGAUGUUCUCUCGUGCAAAACUUUUUUGCUCAAAAUUAUAACAUACACAUUCUUUUUAUAUGCUCAAAGAUUAAGCAAAAUCGAUCGAAGAUGGCACAACGGGUUCAACCGAUAGUUUAUGUAAAUAAGCGCGAGUCCACCAAUUAAGGCAUGUUUCCGACCGGCGAAACCAGUCUGCGAAGGCAAACCUAAUUUAUUAAAUUAUUACAUUUCAGCUGCAUUUUCAAAGUCAACAAAUGCUCACGUCCGGCAAAUAUUACAUGUACUAUAUUUUAGUUUUUGAUAUACUUUUGUCCUUGAGGUAGACAAACCAACCGAUUUGAAUCUGACCACACAUUAGGAUUAUACAAAAUUAAAAUUUUGAAUCUGACCAAAAUAGAAUACACGUUAAAUUUUAUACUGUAUAUGGCAGUUUUCCCUAAUGAAUUUUUUUUUGAUGCACGCACUCAGAUCGAUUGAAGUUGUAGAAUUUGUCAAAUUAUAUUUUUUGGCAUAUCACUUUCCAUAAUUACAAAUAUAAAUUUACAAAAAUACUACUCUUAAAAUUGAACAAUAUAACCUACCACAACUUGCACAUGUUAGACAAUGACUCAUUUAAGAUAAUUUAUGACAAACCUAACUUAUAGUUGUACAUUGUACAAUAUACGUCUCUAUAUAAAAUAUAACUUUAUAAUAUUUGUUUAACCAAAAAUAUUCCAAUUGGCCAUGAGUCCAACAACUCUUUUUUGCUUUUGAUAUUACAAAUUAAAAAUAAAAUAUUAUUUAAAAACACGGAAUCUCAAUUGCAGACAAACAACUUAAAAAUAUAAUUCAAUUCAACACAAGAAAAAAAAACACAAUAAGAUACAACCUGUUGUGUCUUUUUAAUAUAUUUUAUUUAAAAUAUUGCCUUCCUCCUUGUGAAUUCAGCUCACGAGUUGCUCAAAUGAAGUCAGACAAGCUCUAAAGCCUGUAAUGGAGGACAAGAAAGCAAACAUAAUCGCCACCAUAUCCAUCAUAGCCCUCCUCACCGUCAUAAUCACCGCCAGAGUUACUCUAAAACUCUCCAAAACGUUUUACCUCAUCGCCGGCGUCGACAUCUCCCUGAUCCUCGCCGUGAUCUGUUUCCUCGUAAUCCGCCGCCGCUACAACAGAGAGCGAAAGAUCCUAGUGUCAAAGUACGUCUCCGAAGGCAGAGAGCUCCGGAUCGAGUACAGCUUCCUCCGGAAAGUCGCCGGAGUCCCGACCAAGUUCAAGCUCGAGGAUCUCGAGGAAGCCACCGACGGGUUCCGGAUCCAGAUCGGAAAAGGCGGGUCGGGGUCCGUCUUCAAAGGAGUCCUCAAAGACGGAAGCCAAGUGGCCGUGAAGAGAAUCGAAGGAGAGGAGAAAGGAGAAAGAGAGUUUAGGUCAGAGGUAGCCGCUAUAGCUUCCGUGCAGCACAAGAAUCUAGUUCGGCUCUACGGUUACUCGUCGGUGAAUCGCCAGAGGUUCCUCGUCUACGCGUACAUACCUAACUCGUCUCUCGACGUGUGGAUCUUCCGGAACAGGAGAUCAAGAGGAUGCUUGACGUGGGACCAAAGGUACCAAGUCGCUGUCGAUGUAGCGAAAGCCCUAGCUUAUCUUCACCAUGACUGUAGGUCAAAGAUCUUGCAUCUUGACGUGAAGCCAGAGAAUAUUCUCCUCGAUGAAAACUACAGAGCGGUGGUUACAGACUUUGGACUCUCCAAGCUGAUAGCUAGAGACGAGAGCCGAGUUGUGACGGAGAUUCGCGGCACGUGCGGAUACCUAGCCCCGGAGUGGCUUCUUGAACACGGUAUCUCUGAAAAGUCUGACGUUUACAGCUAUGGGAUCGUGUUGCUUGAGAUGAUCGGAGGGAGGAGGAGUAUUAUGAAGGUAGAGGUCGAGGAGACAAACAAAAACACGAACAAGAAGAGCAAGAAGAAGAAGCUGGAGUACUUUCCGAGGAUAGUGAACCAGAAGAUGAGAGAAAGAAAGGUAAUGGAGAUUGUAGAUGAACGGGUGGAGGCAGGUGAUGAAGGGCAAGUGAUGAAGCUGGUGUGUGUGGCUCUUUGGUGUAUACAGGAGAAGGCUAAGAAUAGGCCUGAUAUGGCUAUGGUGAUUGAGAUGCUUGAAGGGAGAGUUCCGGUGAGUGAGCCGCCGGAUUCGCAGCUUGUUGUGGUCGAUCUUUUGGCUGCGGGCGAUGAUGAUGAUGCAACUACUGGUGUGCGACGUGUUGUGGAGGUACCGAGGUUGCAUAUUCAGAGGGAAAGGAAUUUUCGUUUGCCGUCUAUUUGUUCUAGUAUCAUAUCUCCCAUUUCUCCACGGUAGAGUUUUGGUUUUGUUCAUUUGGUAUGUAAUAAUCAGACAGUUUAUUAAUAGGAUUGAACACAAGGUUAUGGUUUUAACUGGAA